AGCUGGAAAAAAGGGGGGGGCGGGAAUGCCGUGGGAAAUUGCACGCGGGCAUCCCCAGUCAAGGAAUACAAACGGACAGGUCGUGAAGCGACCAACCGUUUGCGCAGCGAAAGAAACGCUGCAUCGUGUAAAUCACAGUUUGUACCGUGGAAACCCCAGGAAGGAAAGUUUACACGCGCAUAACUCGAGAACAGAUAGAAUCUGUACGAAAUAGGUGAUCCAGGAAGGACAGAGUAACCGUAGCAAGAUGAAUCAAGCCCAGUUGGAAGCCCAUAUAGUGGACUUGGAGUACGGUUUGGAGGCGACACUUGGUCUGCUGGCAGCGGCGUUGGGGAGCAAGUUCGCAGCGGUGGAGAGUACCUACUCCCAGUGGCGCAAACGGUUGCCGCUCGGCAACCUCAGCGAUGAGCAUCGAGCCAUGUUCAUGGAGAAACUCGGCGUGACUGAGAUGCAGUUGGCAGAACUGGAAGGCAAGUUCAAGCUUGCCAAUCCCAAGUACAACGAGACGGACCCGCGGUACAACCGCACGGAGGCCGUGAAGGUGGUCACAGGCUGCCUGUUGCAGGCGACGAGCGGCAGCAAACGUGAGGCGAAAGCGGCCUUCCAGCCUAAACGCGUUACGCGUCGUCGCAACGACAAACCGUAA